GCAGAAAGGAAGAGGAGAUGAUUGACACCGAAGUGUUUAAAGUUGGAGACAUGAACUUUGAAUGGUUUCCAUUGCCUACUGCCCUUACUAUUGAUAAUGCAGAAGAGCCUUGUGCAGCAGAGGUCGAGGACAAUCAGCAGAAUAUUGAGCACAUAAAGACACCCUUAUCAGAAGCACUUCCAGAAAACGUUCAGCAAACAAAAUCUACAGUGUUGCCCAUCAAGCAAGUGAGGAUUCCAGUCUGUAGUGAGGAAUCCAAAAGAAAUACAGAGAACCUACCCACACCACACAAUGGUUCAACCAAGAAUAUCUCGUUGCCUCAGACGUCACAAAAAAGCGUGUCAGAAAAUGUCACUAAACCACGGACAUUACUAAAGGGUUCUUCAAGGAAUGUCAAAGAACCACAGAUAUUACAGAAAGGUUCCUCAAGGAACGCUAAGGAGCUGCAGCCAUCACAAAAGGGUUCCACAAAACAUACCAAGGAGCAGCAGACCUCACAGAAACCAAAGAUUAAUUUAUGGGCUACAGUAACUUCUUUGAAAAGUACCAAGACAAUACAGGUCCACAAUGGAAAAGGGGAACCAGAAACUGAAGAAAAGCCUCAGCCUAGUCAUGUUAUAACAGCCGAUGCAUCAGAAGGAAGUAGCAGAGGACGUAAGAUAAAAGAGAGUGCAGGCGUAUCAGCAGGUGCUACAAGCUCAUUGGACAAAUGUCCCAUAUGUUUACUGCAGUUUCCAAAGCAGUUUUCACAGCUUGAUAUGGACAGCCAUCUGGCUCAGUGCUUAUCGGAAACAACGGUUGAUGUAGCGUGGUGAUUUAACCGAACAAGUGCGUCACCAGAUUGUAAUUGAUGGAGAGAGUAUUCGAUGCACAUCUUUAUACAUGUAUAGUACAUAGGUAAAUGUGAAAUUAGGUAUUGUUUUAUGUAUCAUGCUGUUUCCAUACCUGCUGUAGAUUUGUAUGGCACUUCCAAAUGUGUGUGUGUGUGUAUGUGUAUGUUCAACCUCUCCAUACCACAACUCCUGGGGUAGGGGGUGGUGCCUGUGUUUAAACCCACCCUAAUGCAUGUCUAGAAUACUACUUUAAAGGGGUUAUCCAAGACUAUUAAGUGCCGCCCCACAUGUCCGGGGCCCCUCACACUGAAUAUACUUACCCUGCUCCCUUCGCCAUUUCUGGUCCCAGUACUGCCAUUGCUGUGGAUGAAAACAUCCGGUG